UAUGGGCCUCUAUAGCCCAUUAGGCCCACAAACAUUAGAAACCCUAAAAGUAAAAGCUUGGUUUUGUUUUAAACCCUAAAUACAGACUAAGCUCAGAGACAGAGCUCUGUGCCGCCUCAUUCUCACUCUCAAUCCAUUCUCUUCUCCGGACAAAGGUAAGGUAAGCCAUGGUGAAGCACAACAAUGUUAUUCCUAAUGGACAUUUCAAGAAGCAUUGGCAGAACUAUGUCAAGACAUGGUUUAACCAACCUGCUAGGAAGACCCGAAGAAGGAUUGCUCGUCAGAAGAAGGCUGUGAAGAUUUUCCCUAGGCCUACUGCUGGACCCCUUCGCCCAGUUGUCCAUGGACAAACUUUGAAGUACAACAUGAAGGUUCGGGCUGGCAGGGGCUUCUCACUGGAAGAACUCAAGGCUGCUGGAAUUCCAAAGAAGCUUGCUCCCACCAUUGGAAUCUCAGUGGAUCACCGCCGUAGGAACAGAUCCUUGGAGGGUCUACAAUCUAAUGUUCAAAGGCUUAAGACAUACAAAGCCAAACUUGUUGUCUUCCCAAGACGUGCCCGCAAGUUCAAGGCUGGAGACUCAGCUCCAGAGGAGUUAGCCAAUGCUACCCAAGUCCAAGGCGAGUUCUUGCCUAUUGCUCGGGAGAAGCCAGCAUUUGAACUUGUUAAGAUUACCGAUGACAUGAAGUCAUUCAAGGCUUACAACAAGCUCAGGUUGGAGCGUACAAACGCACGCCAUCUUGGUGCUCGGUUGAAGAGGGCUGCAGAGGCCGAAAAGGAAGAGAAGAAGUAGAGAGUUUCGGGUUUAUUCCGAAGAAUUUUGUGUUUUUGGGUUGGACCCUAUUUUCUGAACUAUAUAGAUUUUGUUGUUCUGUGAUCUUAAGCUAAGAUUGAAGAUUUUUCUAUUAAUUUUAUGGUUGCAUUACUGAUUGGACUUUUGGUAAAUUCAUUUUAUUAUCAAACCACUGCUGAAUCAGUUUUUUAUUA